UUGGAACCAGUCGACAAAUUUUACACGACGGAUCGACUUGGAGUAGCGCACACGCACACAUUUCUACCUACUCUACUUUUCUGCAAGAAUCGUGAGAUUGUGAAAACUGAAAUCCAUCGGCGGAAUCUGAAAAUUAUUCUGUGAAAGAAAAAAAAUUGCAAAGAUGGCACUCAGCGACGCAGAUGUACAAAAACAGAUCAAGCAUAUGAUGGCUUUCAUUGAGCAGGAAGCCAAUGAAAAAGCUGAAGAAAUUGAUGCUAAAGCAGAGGAAGAAUUUAACAUUGAGAAGGGACGUCUUGUGCAACAACAACGCCUUAAGAUUAUGGAAUACUAUGAAAAGAAGGAGAAACAAGUUGAACUGCAAAAGAAGAUUCAAUCAUCGAAUAUGCUGAAUCAAGCUCGUUUGAAGGUACUGAAAGUGCGUGAAGAUCAUGUGCGCAAUGUGUUAGAUGAAGCACGUCGUCGCCUUGGUGAAGUUACCAAGAAUCCCAGUGAAUACAAAGAGGUAUUGCAGAAACUUAUCUUGCAAGCGCUGUACCAGGCCAUGGAGCCGAGUGUCACCCUACGCUGCCGUCAGGCCGAUAUUGGUCUAAUAAAUGAAGUGCUGCCCGCCACUGUUGAAGAAUAUAAGCAACAAAUUGGCAAAGAUGUAAAUGUACAUAUUGAUACGGAUAAUCAUCUUUCGGCAGACACCUGCGGUGGAAUCGAGUUGAUUGCGCUUAAUGGACGUCUAAAGGUGCCCAACACCCUGGAGUCCAGAUUAGAAUUGAUUGCGCAACAACUUGUGCCAGAAAUUCGUAACGCUUUGUUCGGUCGCAAUGUCAAUCGUAAAUUCACCGAUUAAAUAUUUUAAGUGUAAACACUAUGCAACAAACAAAACCAACAGACAUACAUAUAUAGUUAAACGAUGAAAAGAAGAAAUUAAACACUAAAAGAAAAGGUAGUUAAUUGCGGGUUUAUAAUUUAAUUUUACGAAGAAAAAAAUAUUAAUUUACUGAAAAUUAAUUGUUAGCUAAAAGAGUCAAAUUUUACAGCGAAUGGAAGAAAUAUUGAAAUGAGAUGAUAAUGUAAUGUGGAAUGAAAACAGUGUUUGAUAUAAAAAAAGACUCCCUAGUGAGUCCUCUUGGAAUCGAAAGAAGAGAAGACAAACCGAAUGACCUCCUAACAAUUAUUGUGAAUAUAAUUUAGAAAUCAAACUGAAAGUGCUAGUACACUUCAUAAUAAUAAUCCAUUCAAAGAUUUGCUGCCGUUGCAAAGUAUACAAAUGAUUUGUUUAUGCAUAUAUAAUAACAAGUACACUACAACUUGUGCUGUUUAAUUAAAUCUACGUUAGCGAACUUCUAUAUGGAUGUAUGCAUUGCUAUUUAAAACACAAUAACUAAAAACUAAAAAAAAA